CCAGGCCUAUCCAGGCCUCCGUGCCAUGCCGUCAGGCACCAGGGGGCUCUAUGCUUCAGAAUCGAGUUGACCCAAUUCCAUGGCGAGGACCUUGGGGCGAAAUCAUCCAUGUCAUGCCGGCAGAGCCUGCAGAGAGGACCUUCGGGCACCUAAAUUCCGUGCCGCCUGUUCCCCGCGUGCGCGAGACCAUGCCGGGGCCGGCACGCAGCUUUAUUCACGGCCAGCCAGAGAGGGCCCUCGGCAGCGGCCACGCGCGAACUUUGUCGCCCUGCGGACCGCGAAGUGACCAUCUCCGGCUGCGCGAGACGAUCCCAGCGUCGAGCUGUGGUGGCUUGGGUCAUGUGAGAACCUGGUCACCUUCAGGACUUCGUGAGGGGCCAGGCCUGGCAGGCAAUUUGGUGCGGCCAGAGAGGAGUUGUCAGCUUCGUGCCCGUUCACCUGUGGCAUCGGUACAGCAGCUGAGCAACUUUCCAGACAGGCAUCUUGAAGGUUGCCAGACCCUGGGCCGCUUGGGGGAGGGCCCUGUGCGAAACGUGCAUGUUGCGCCGCGAAGCAUUGCCGUGCCCGCUGGUGUUGAGCGCGGCAUUAUGGGGCCACACUUGGGAGGGAGUUUCAUUGCUCCGGUCCAGCCACCGCCCCAGAGGAUUGAGCGUGCUGCAUCCUUCACCCACAUCGGCAUGCCUGUCCACGAGGUUGGGGUGAGACCUAUGCCAGGUUCCCCAUUGCUGACCUACAGAGAACCGGCCCACCCUGGGAGGACUGGCUCCUUUGUGGCAACGCCUCUUGGAAGGCCGGAGUUGCAACGUGGCGGCUCACCACUUCGCAUGCGCUGGGAGAAGGAUUCAUGCUUGGCUGGCUCGGUUCGCCUGAUGUUGGACCCUGUGACCAGUGAGGAGACGCAAUACGUAGGCAUGGCGCGCAUCUCCAAUCACGUGCGUCAGCAAGUCCCGCAGGGAGGUGUGGUGGAAACUGCGGCGCCGCUUCGAACACAUUCGACGAAGAUUGCGCUUUGAAGAGAUGAUUCCAGGCUUCACACAGAGCUAAUGUCUUUAGUUCGGAGCUCGCGCAGAUCGAGAAUCCUCCAAACCUUCCUACAUUUACUUCGGCUGUGGAGGUGGAGAGUGCGAGCGUCUCUAAUUCAUGUCAGCCGACAUUGCUGUGUGGAAAUGGGUGUGUCUGAAAAUGGAGGUCCUACCCUCUGG